CAUCUAGUCAUGCUUUCAGUGUCACAAAGUUUCUAGUUUUUCCAUUGUUUAUUGUUUUAGUGUGGUGACACUGAAAGACCGUUCUUUUGAGUUUCUUCGUUCUCCUGUCCGUUAUAUGUAAAUUCGUGCACUUUACUUUGGUCCGCUGUCCAUGAUCCAGCAAGCCGUGCGCCCGUGCCAUACUGUUUUUCUUGUUCCUGCUGCAGCUGUCAAACCACGUUUUUCUUGUGUUUUGUGAUUUCUUCUGUCUGUUUAGGGCGGUCAUUGAUUACCAGCAGAAGAUUGUGUUUCUCGUGGUUUGUUGAGUUGUGUGUCCGCUGUAGCAGUGUGUAUUAAUAUUCUCAAAUGGAUCCAAUAAAUAGUGAUGUCAUAGUUAUUAGUGAUGAUGAUGAUGCUGUAAAAAGAGAAUUCAAAGAUGAAGAUAAUCUCGGUGACGAGGAUAACCAUUUGAUGCCUAAAAAAAAAAAAAAAUACAAUCAUUAUAUUAAAACCGAAAUUGAUGUGUUUAAAGAUUAUGAGUGGACAAGUAUAAUCGAAGUAUCUUUGGAUAAUCGUCGGUUACCAGAAAAUUCAAUUAUAACACAAAAAAGUAAAAUUAUAAAAAAUUUUCACUGUCAUUAUUGCGUAAAAUGUUUUCCUGAAGAAGAUCUUUUAAAAGAACACUUGAAAACUCACAAAAAACUUCAAAAUACAAAUAAAAAUACUAUAUGCAAACUUUGUGGAAAAUUGAUCUGUUCCAGUUUUAAAUUGAACAGCCAAGCUUUCAGAAAAACUUGUAAUUGUGAAGCAAUUUCUUUAGGUUGAAGGUAUUGAAUUGUAUAAAAAGUAUGUUCAAAAAACUUAAUAAAGUAAAAAUUAU